CAGUACAGGGACACACACUCCCAGUACAGGGACACACACUCCCAGAGAACUGCACUGAAUUUACUGGAACUUUACUGGAACUUUCACUGACUGUGUGGAUUUCUUAAGAAAGAACCCUGAAGGCAGGUCCAGUCCUGCAGAGCUGAGAAGUGCACAAGAGUCAACAAGAUUUAAAGUUUGUAUUUAAUAAUUUAAAGCUUUUUUGAUAAUGACACUGCCGGUCAGAGCACUUCUCACUGUCUGGAUCAUUGUUAUGGUCGCGUGGCAGUGCCAGGCCGGCUGUGCCGAUGUGGACUCCAUGACCGAGGCGGUGGCGGGUAACGACUUCAUGCUGGGGUGUAUCUCCUGCAAACGACGAGCGGAAGUGAACGCCGCUGCCACAGUGGACUGGCACUUUAAACCUUCUGGAGAAAAUGAUUCCUACCACAUUUUCCGGUAUGAUUAUCCAGAUGCUAACCCCCUGCACGAGGACUUUAAGUCUCGACUGGACUGGGCUGGAACUGAAGGAACGGCUGAUAUUCAGAUCGGAGCCAUUUACAUCCGUAACGUCACCUUUAACGACUCCGGCACUUACACCUGUACGUUCCAUCGUACUCUCUACAUAUCGUUCGGAGAGCAACAGGUUACCAUCCAAAAAACAGUGGAGCUCACAGUCCUGGCCAUAGCAAACCGUGAGUUGACAGCGGUGAUUUCGGAGAUCAUGAUGUACGUGCUGAUCGUGGGGCUGCAGCUCUGGAUGAUCGGGGUUCUGGUCUACUGCUACAAAAAGAUCUACGCUGAGAACGAAGCUCGUGAGGCCAGAAAAGCUCUACGGGACAAAAAGAAACUUAUCGACCCAAUGGACUCGUGUGAUGGAGUUCACAUGGAGUAGCUGCAGUUUUCAUCAUUAUUCUUAUACAUUAUAAUUUACUGCAGUUUUAUAAAGGUCAGGAGCUCCAAAUCUUAUAUUUAUCCAACACAAAUUCCAUAAAGGUUUGGACAUGAGUUAAAUAUUAAUCACUUAAUAGAUCUUUUACUUUAAGAGUUAAAUCAUUCUGGAGGAAGAGAUCUGGGGGGGUUUCUCAGUAUCUCAUGAAUGCAUUAUUGUUAUGGGGAUUUUUUCAUGACAUUUAUGGGUGGGAUGAUGGAACACAGUCGUGUCCCUUUGAGAGGUCUUUCUUUAGGACUAUUCUUCUGUAGAAGUUCAUAACGAACUCGUUUCUAAUGUGUCUAAUGUUUGUUUGACUCUACACCACGUGUCGUCUAACACUAAAUACUUAUGAUUGUGCAAAUCUAGUAGUGGACACCAGUAGUGGACACUGACUCUCCGUGAUGGACCUCAAAUGAUGUCCAGUAGAGGGCAGCUUCUAUCUUCAGCUCUACAUGUAUGGGCACAGAGAAGUCACCAGCGUAUUCAGUUCUUAUCAGUAAUGAGGAAUUAGGAACGUUCUGCACCACCAGAUCAAUCAUAUCAGCUGCUGUUUGUAAAUUCUCACUCUGAUUUGUAGAAAAGACACAAUAAACUUAUUUUUUAGAAA